AUGAGUGUUGUGCUUCUGUGUUCUGUGUUUGUUUCUCAUUUGCUUUUUAUGUUUCUAAGUUUCUAUAUGUUGGUAUAUUGCGUUGGGACCGGUCAGCCUCUUGUACCGGCUCUAAUCAUAAUGGGAGAUUCUGUUGUCGAUGCCGGUAAUAACAAUCGCCGCACUACCCUCAUCAAGGCUAAUUUUCCUCCCUACGGACGGGACUUUUUCGCCCACAAUUCCACCGGCCGUUUCUCUAACGGAAAACUCGUUAUUGACUUCACCGCUGAGAGCCUAGGGUUCACUUCUUACCCAGUGGCGUACCUUAGCCAGGAUGCAAAUGGGACAAACUUAUUAACCGGAGCCAAUUUCGCCUCUGGUGCUUCCGGUUUUGACGACGGAACUUCCUUACUAUACAACGCAAUCACUUUGAACCAACAGCUGAAAAACUACAAAGAGUACAAAAUCAAGGUGACAAAUAUGGUAGGGAGAGAUAGAGCGAACGAGAUAUUCUCAGGAGCCAUUUAUCUUCUUAGCACCGGUUCAAGCGAUUUUCUUCAAAGCUAUUACAUCAACCCGAUCCUUAACCGGAUUUUCACACCUGAUCGAUACUCAGAUCGACUCAUGAAUUUUUAUUCCACCUUUGUCCAAAAUCUGUAUAAUUUAGGAGCUAGAAGGAUUGGAGUGACGAAGUUACCACCGUUAGGUUGUUUACCGGCGGCGAUAACGAUGUUUGGUGGAGCUGGGAACAAUACAUGCGUCCAAAGACUAAACAGAGACGCAGUUUCAUUCAAUACGAAACUCAACAACACGUCUAUGUACCUAGCCAACAAGCUUCCCGGUCUGAAACUGGUUGUCCUUGACAUCUAUAAUCCUCUAUUGAGCAUGGUCAUGAACCCUGUUGCGAACGGUUUUUUUGAAUCAAGAAGGGCUUGUUGUGGAACUGGAACAAUUGAAACUUCGUUCCUAUGCAAUGCAAGAUCGGUGGGUACAUGCUCGAAUGCUACCAGCUAUGUGUUUUGGGAUGGUUUUCAUCCAUCUGAAGCAGCUAAUCGUGUGCUCGCAGCCAAACUUCUUGUCCAAGGAAUCUCUCUCAUUUCCUAA